CCUAGGCCAGUAGUCGAGAUAGUAACUAUGGGUAUGGCUGAACCUGGUGAAGAAUACAUGUUAAAUUGUACAGUGACAGUUGUUGAUAGACUCAUAGUCUCACCAGUGAUAACAUGGACUAAGAGAUCAGCUAACAAUGUUAUUAGUGUACCUCCAGUUCUUAUGAAUGUAUCUAAUGCAAUGAGUUCUUUUUAUUUGAGAUUCUCCUCUCUCAAUACUUCUGACGCUGGUCUGUAUACUUGUGAAGCAUCCAUUAAUGUUAGCCAGAUAUCCAUAGUAGCAAGGAGUGAUGACACAUCAAACUUACCAUUAAAAAUUCCCAUUCCAGCUGUUGAUGUAAGCAGAUCAAGAGAUAGUAAUUUAUUAGCUGGCAGUAACUUGAUACUAACAUGUGAUAUCAGUGUUGAUCCUAAUGUUGAUACACCAUUUACUGUUAAUGUAACCUGGAACAUGAUCAAUCAACAAAUCAUGAGUAGUGGUGAUAAUGAAGAUGAAAUUGACCCUAAUGUAAUGAUGUUUGCUGAUACAAACCGGGUAAACAUCAGCUCUGUUAUGAUGAGAUCAGGUUUUAAUGAGUAUAGAUCAACUGUUAAUUUCACUACAUUGAGCAGUACUGAGGAUUCAGGAACAUAUACAUGCAUUGCUACUAUAGAACCAGCUCCAGCUUAUGAAUAUGUUACGACUUCUGAUACUAAUCAUAUGAGUGUUGAAUUAAUUGUUACUGAUCCAAUGAUUGGAAAUUUUUCUAUCUCCCCUGAUUCAUUUUUGGGCCUGGAAACAUCAUGUCCUGACUCAUAUCCUUAUGAUAACUUCACUCUAACUUGUACAGUCACUAAACCAACCAUAAUAAUACCAAACCUGGUAAUAGCAUGGACACAUAAUGGUACAAUAGAAACUGGUACUGUGACUACUACUGAGAAUGCUACAACAACUGUCGUUACUAAUAAAUUAAGUUUCAGCUCGAGUACUGCUUCUGAUUCUGGUACUUAUAGAUGUACUGCUAGUAUUAAUUCAACUACAAUCAUGACUAGUGAGGAAAGAAUUGUGACAAUAAAGUCUCAGAGCCUACCUGUUUCUGCUACUAAUGUAACAGCUACUCCAGGAACAACUACUGCUGCUGUAUCAUUCAUAAUACCUAACAUUGCCUAUACACCUGAAACCUACAGUGUUAAGUAUACUGGAGCAAUCUUACAAACAACACAAGCAACUUCUAUAAUAAAAAUGAGCUCCAAUAAUAUUACUGCAAUUCAUGAAGAAUUUAUGAUCAUGUUGACUGUCCUUGAGGAAGAUAACACUUAUACAUAUACAGUUGAUUCUACCAAUUGUCUUGGUACUACUAGUACUGCAGAGAUGAGCUUCAGAACACUUCCAACAUUGCCAGUGGCUUCUCCAAUAGAUUGUGCUAAUAUAACAUUUCUACCACGUAAUGUCACACUUGCCUGGACUGCACCAACACUAAUAGAUCAAAAUGGAACACCAGUUGGUUAUUAUUUAGCAUGCAUGGAUACUAAUGGUGUAUCAAUUAAUGGAUUGAGCCCAACACAAUCUUUAACGAACACAAUGUUCACUAUUACUGAUGUUAUGCCUUUUACUGGUUACACUUGUAAUCUGUCAUUCAUUAAUGUAGUAGGAGAAGGACCCUCUACCCAGUGUACUUUUGAAACAGCUCAAGAUAGUAAGUAUACACUUGAUAUUAUAAUACAGUUCAUUAUUAUGUCUCUGUUAAACUUUUAAUAGAACCAAUUGAUAGUCCUCGGAAUUUCACUUCAACACCUAAUAAAAC